CCCUCCCAUCAGCCACGUCAGCUGAGAACCCAGAUCCAGCGGCAGCCUGUAGAGUGGUCUUUAGCCUGGGGGUGGGGGGUUAACACACCCUCCCCAAAGAGCUGCACCCCCGUCCCAUCCAGGAUGGUCCUGCUCACGAUGAUCAGCCGCGUCCAAGAUGGGCUUCUGUUAGCAGCCUCCAUGCAAGAAACAGAGCAGUCAAACCGGAACUUCCAAGCAUAUCACAACCAAGCUAAACAACUUUUCCGAAAACUUGGGGACCAUUCGCCAAACCGGUGCUCCCUGCAAGCUGGAGCAAUGACUUUCCAUUACCUGAUCAGCCAGGGCAUUUGCUACUUGACGCUGUGUGAAGCUGCAUAUUCUAAGAAGCUGGCAUUUGCCUUCCUGGAGGAGCUGCAAGCUGAGUUCUGGGAACUAUAUGGGAAGAAGGUGUCCUCCGUGUCACGGCCGUACGCCUUCAUUGAGUUUGACAUGUACAUCCAGAAGCUGAAGAAGUCCUACUUGGACAGCUGGUCGAAGCGGCACCUGAGCAGCAUCAACGUGGAGCUGCAGGACGUUCAGAAGAUCAUGGUCACCAACAUCGAAGAGGUGCUUCAGCGCGGAGAGGCCUUGUCCGCUUUGGAUUCAAAGGCCAGCAACUUGUCGACUCUCUCCAAGAAAUACCGCCAUGAUGCCAAAUUCCUCAAUAGCCGCUCUGCUUAUGCCAAAGCUGCAGCCACCAGCCUGGUCUUUGUGGGACUUAUGCUCUAUAUACGGUUCUGGUGGCUAGUGUGACUGCUGUCUUCCUUCCUUCCCCCGCAUCCCAUCUCUUUAGCCUUGCCUUUUAUGGGGGUGUCUUCCCCCCUCCCAUCCAAGACAGAAUCGAGACCAGCAGUGCCACCUGUGGGAGAAAUGUGAAAGUAUUCCACUUGCAAUGAAGAGAUAAUUCUGUUUGUAUAUAGCAUCUUAUGCCACCCUGUGGCCAAAACUGGAAUGACAAUACUUAGAAGUUCGGUAAGAUGACAGCCAUGGUUAAAAGUGAGAUUUUGCUUUGAAUGUGUAAAAUAUGUUACAGUUUGCUCUUCCAUCUGUAAAAUGAGGAGGAGAGGAGCAUCCCCUGGUAGAACAACAACCUUGUGGAUGUAAGGCAGUUU